AUGGGAUUGUCAGUCGAUAUGUUAAAAGAAUCUGACAUUGGCUUUCAUGGCAUCAUCCUAACCCGACCCGCUUAUCCCCUUGGUAAAAUUUCAUUGGACGCUGUCUUCGGCACACCAAGCAAGUUCAGGAAGGAGAAACUCGGGUUCGAGGUGGUAGAUUGGGAAUCACAGUACCACGCCAUCCUCGGCAGGCCAGAUUUUGCCAAGUUCAUGGCAGUUCGUCAUUACGCGUAUUUGAAGUUGAAGAUGUCGGGCAAUAAUGGGACAGCAACAACUAUUCACGGAAGUUUUUCUCAUUCUGAUAACUGUGACAGAGAUUUCCAGAAGAUUGCCUCCAAAUUUUGA